AUGCAUGAGGCCAAACAUGGGUUCCCGGGAAUGUUGGGGAGCCUAGACUGCAUGCACUGGGCUUGGAAGAAUUAUCUAGUGGCUUGGCAUGACGCUUACACUCGAGAGGAUCAGGGCGAGUCCACGAUUAUAUUAGAGGUUGUUGCUUCACAAGAUUUGUGGAUAUGGCACGCCAUCUUCGGAGUCGCUAGCUCAAAUAACGACAUCAACGUUCUCAACCAGUCCAUGUUAUUCAAUGACGUCCUAUCGGACAAUGAAGCAGCGGUGCACUUCAUCGCCAACAAUUUCCACCACACCAGAGGCUACUACUUAACUGACGGCAUCUAUCCGGACUGGCCGGUAUUCAUCAAAAGCUUCACAUUUUCAAGCAACGAGAAAAAGCGGAGGUUCAAACUGAUGCAAAAAGCUGCAAUGAAGGAUGUGGAACGAGCUUUUGGCGUUCUUCAAGCUCGUUGGUAG